AUGACUCAAACUCAGUACAAUACAGAUACAUGCGCCGUCUGUAAAGGGAAUCAUCCCAUUUUUAAGUGUAGCAAUUUUUUGGCAUUACAACCUUCACAAAGGCUUAACAAAAUAAAACAAUUAAAUGGCUGUCAUGAUUGUCUCAAAACAAAUCAUGAAGUCACAAAAUGCCCUUCACAAUCCGUAUGUAAAGAAUGCAAACGAAAGCAUAAUACAUUAUUACAUAUAGUAAGUGGUAGUCAAACGUUCUCAACCAAACCAAAGGGCCACAGCUUACAAAACAUUCCAUUACAAACAAAUAACAUUGAUUCAAACAGGAAUCAAACUGAAAAUUCAAAUGCAAUUAAUACGGUUUUAUCCGCGACAGUAUCAGGUGCACCCACAGUUCUGUUAGGAUAUUUAUCAGUAGCCAAAGAUCCUGGUGCAUACAUUUUGCCUCACCAUGGAGUCGAAAAACCCAGUUCUUCUACCUCACUCAGAGUAGUAUUUGAUGCUUCAUGUUCUACUGAAUCUGGAUCAUUAAAUGACAAAUUAUUAACAGGACCAACAUUGCAAUCCAAUAUAACUGAAGUGAUUCUUCACUUUAGAACGUAUGCAGUCGCCAUGUCGACCGAAAUUUGUAAAAUGUAUCUACAAAUCAUUUUACAUGAAAAUGAUCGUAAAUAUCAACAUAUGUUUUAUAGAUUCAAUCUAUCCGAUUCAAUAACGGAGUAUGAAUUAAAUCGUGUUACUUUUGGGAUGUCUGCCUCUCCAUAUCUAGCGAUUAGAGUCUUACUUCAAUUAAUACAAGACGAGGGAGCAGCCUAUCCACUAGCAUCCAAUGCAUUGGCCAAUCACACGUAUGUAGACAACAUACUAACCGGAGCACACAAUUUAAAUGACGCUUUAGCCUUACAAAAAGAACUUAUUCAAUUAUUACAAAAGGGCGGUUUUACACUAAAGAAGUGGGCUAGCUCAAGCACAGAAUUACUUAAAACCGUCCCUAUCGAGUGUCAUGAAACUCCUAUUGCAUUUUCUUCCUUAGAAAAUUCUACUAUAAAGGUUUUAGGAAUGCAAUGGGACCCAGUAAGCGACUGUCUUAGCUAUGCCGUUCAAGCUCCCCAGAUAAUAUUGACAAAGCGAGCAGUAUUAUCCAACAUCGCAAAAUUAUAUGAUCCAUUAGGAUAUUUAUCGCCAGUAAUUUUCAAAGCAAAAUGUAUCAUGCAACAAACAUGGAAAAUAAAUAAUUUAAAAUGGGACGACCUCCUACCAGAUGAAAUAGCAUCCCAAUGGUGCAGUUUUCUGAAUCAACUGCACACAUUAUCUCAAAUAAAGAUACCACGGUGCAUAAUAAACAAGCCCUAUAAAAAUAUAGCAAUAUUAGGAUUCGCAGACGCAUCCAAAUUGGGUUAUGCAUCCACAAUUUAUUUACGUUUAACAAAAUCAGAUAACUCUGUUUCAAUUAACUUGCUCAUGUCAAAAACUCGUUUAGCUCCUAUUUCAACCAUCAGUAUUCCACGUUUGGAAUUAUGCGCAGCUUUAUUAUUAGUAAAAACAUUUCAAAGCAUCAAACCAUUUGUAUCUUCGCUUGAAGUAGACAAAACAUAUUUGUUUUCGGAUUCAACAGUUGUCUUGGAUUGGCUAAAGCAUUCACCUCGUAUAAACAAACUCGAAGCGCAAUCAAAUCGCGCAUAUUUCAGUGCAUAA